GGAAGUCAACGGCUUUGUUCAAUUUACGAAGGCACAGGAGACUAAAUCACUUCUCGCUUUCGUUUCCUGUCGCCAUGAAAUGUUCAAUUCAGAAGAUGGCAAAAUGGGCUUAAAGGUGAAAGCCAUUAAUUGAAAGUCCUCCCUCCUUGCUGCUGUACGUUAUGUAGCAUGGAAGCUAGUCUAAAGGACACCGAAGUUGUGCUAAUGUAAAGUUGGCUCACUAUUCGGCAGAAACCGCAGGACACUAUGUGGCAGGGGUUAAUGAUUGAUACUACAUGUCGACGUGAAGAGACCGUGAAUGUGUCAUAUCACGUUUUGAUUUAUUUUAUUUGUUUUACAAUGCGCAAACAUUAUCACGUUCGACUGUGUCGUUGCGAGAUUGCUGAAAGAAGUCCAUCGAGAGAUUUGCUGAUGGUGGUGGCACAAUUGAGUCCGAACAUGUACACUUACAACAACAUACAGCGCAUCCUGCACGGAUGUGUUCCAGUCGGGGUAUUUGCGGCAGCGGCGAGCGACCCGCCAACCGGUCUUCCCGCUCCGAGAGCACCGGUUCGGGAGCUCACUAUGCCCUGUGCGCCCUGGGAGUGGGCCUCAUUGCGCUGGGCGUGGUCAUGAUCGUGUGGACGGUGAUACCCGUCGACGGGGAGGCGUCGGGCGGCUCCGCCAACUCCACCGUAAAUGGAGGCGAUGAUGACGACGACGGCAAAGAAGGGGAGCUCUCCAAGUCGUCAUCGGUCGCCAUGGUGCUGGUGGGCGUCGGCCUCGCCAUGCUGCUGCUGUCCGUUUGUCUUGGCGUUCGGAGCAAGCGGAGAGCGAAUAACAGCAGCGAGCAAACUACUGCGCCAGCUUUCAUGGACCACGUGGCCGGCGAGCAGGAAGAAGUUCCAGAUCCGGCCGCAUUCAACGUUCCGAGCUACGAGGAGGUGGUCGGCAGCAGCGACUACCCCGUGCGUCAGAGCAACCUCCGCCAGAGCAACACCCACCUGCCGUCCUACGAGGACAUCAUCGCGGCCGUGGAGAACGAGGGCAGGGACCAGCCCGCCGAGGACUCCCCUCUCAACGACGCCGCGCCGCCCCCGCAGCCGCCCGCCGCCGCCGAGCACCAGGCCGACGCCGCCCGUCAGCCCAGCCUGCCGGCACGCGGCGCCAGCCGAGCCAGCCGCCUGCUGCGCCCCUUGCGGGUGAGGCGGAUCAAGUCGGACAAGCUGCACCUGAAGGACUUCCGCAUCCAAAUCCGCAGCCCCACGCACAACCCCGUGACCAUCGAGCCCAUCACGCCGCCGCCGCAGUAUGACAACAGGCCGCCGGAACUGGGCUGAAUGCAAUUAUCUCUGGACUGAUAAGACUCCUGAGGAAUCCAGUUUUUCCAAUGUUGGUACUAAAAAAAGUAGGUUAGAUGUUGCUGGGAGCGGCCAAGGAAACCAGUCACGAGACCAUCUCCUCGGCAAGGAACUUUGUCAGAUGUGUUCCGUUACCACGCAUUUCUGGUCCUGUGUGAGUUACAUCAAAACCACCUAAAUUUAAGUACAACAUGUAACAUUUAUUAUGAGGAUACAAGUGUAGUGUUUCAAGGGCAAAAAAAAAAAAGGGAAUUAAGUAUAUUAACGACGAGUGUCACGUAUACAAGCUUUUCAUAAUGUUGUCUUAAUGAAGAAGAUGCACUGUGAAUGAGGAAUUAUUUGUGAAUGUGCUUUUAAAUGUCUUUAAGUGGCUCAAGUUGAACAUUUUCAAGCCGAAUGUCCUCUUGAGGGUGUGUCGCAAUACUGGAACAUUAAAUAAGAAUAUGUGGAAUAUUAGCUGUGGUCCUGUCAUUAGGUAAUGGUUUGCGUUCUUUAAGGCAUUUUGUGUUGUUAAAAAAAAAUCAUCUUUCAGUUGCAUUCUGCUUUUAAUUAGACAAUUUAAAGCAGCUACUUCGAUGCAACGUUACUGAUGCCUUGUGUGAUUUUGGUUUUUUUUACCCACGCUGGAAUCGGUGCUCUUUUUAGGUUGACCUCAUUAAUUUAUUCCUUUAAUCUGGACUACUGUCAAAAGGAAUGGCAAAUUAGAGACGCUGCAAGUGUAUUUAUGUUCCGAAAUAUUGUCUUUUAUGGUCUCAUAAUAAAAUGUACAGUAUCUGUA